AUGGCCCGGCCGUUCGGCAAGGUAAAGAAAGACGCCAUCGUCGCUCUCUUGGCUACUCUCGUAGCGUCCAUGCUGACGCCCAUGCUGCCAACGUUGUGCAACACUUGGAUGGCCAUGGUCCAAUACUGGGCGCACGCUCGGCCAACGACCGACUGCCCUGCCUUCUGCAACCAAGAGUACCGAUUUCUUCAACGUUUUCAUCGUGCUCAUUUGCAGCAAGGCCGCCUGUCCGACGCCGCCAGGAUUGGCGGCGCCGCCGGGCGCCGAGGCAACCGCGAGGCGCUGUUCCAUCUCGAGGGCCACCUGCUCGAGAACCUGGCGGAGCCAGUGCGAGCGCGCGAACCCGCCGCCGUGCAGCUCCUGGAGAAAAUCGGGCAACGGCAGCUCGUCCUCAUUGUUACAGAGCCGACCGAGGUCGUGGAAAAUCCGCGGUCGAGCCGUGGACAAAGAUCUGAUGUCGAUAACCCCGUCCUGGACUCGCAAGUCGAUGCUGCAUGA